AUGACUGCAACAUCCAGCAUCGAUCUCAUCAACCUAUGUAGGUCCAUCUCGAAGCGCGCAGUAUCUUGUGCAGCCGCCGCAGAGAAUAUAGCUGGAUUGGACAGGGAAUUCUUGAAGGCACAUGAAUACUGUCUUGUUGUUUACAAUUACAUGCUCGAAGUUUGCAACCCCCUCGUCAGGAACAAUGAUUCUUUUGGACCAUCAGGCUCGAGCUUUUUCACCCAUCAAGCUCAAGAAGCAGUAAAGUCGGCUAUGAACAAAAGACUUGUCAAAUCAGAGAAAGGCACUGCCCGACAAGAUAUACUGCCCAGCUGCGAGAAGAUCCCCGUCGCGGAGAAAGAAGUAGCACCGCCUUCGUAUUCAAGGCCCGCAUCAACGACUACAACUCCGCCCAUAGCGUCACCGUCAACGCCUUCACCACUAGUUCAAAGCCCAGUCAACAAUUGUCACCGCCCCAAAGGCUCUUCAUUCUUCAGAGCCCUCACAUCGGGCUUCCGCAAACAUGAUCCAUUGGUCUCAACGCUCUGUCAAGCCGCCGCUCGCGGAGAUGAGCAACAAGUCUCUGGCCUAAUCUCCCAAGCCGCAAACGUCAACGGCCGAAACGAAGACGGGGAUACACCACUCAAGUGCGCCAUAAGAUAUGAUCAAGUUGGAACCGCUUGUCUUCUUCUAAAAGCUGGAGCUCAAAGCAACAAGCUACCGCCCUUAUUCAAGGCUGCUUCUGUCGGGAGUCUCAAGAUCGCUAGGGUGCUUAUUGAUUCUGGGGACAGUGUACACGGCAAAUCAAAAACUGGGAAGCCCUACUUUGUUGAUGUUGUUGCUAAAGGUAAUCUGGACGGUAUCAAGUUCCUCCUUGAGAAUGGCGCUCCAGUUAAUGCAAGGAACGAGAGACGGGAGGAAGUUAUUGUCCAGGUUGUCAAGACAGACAACAUCGACAUCACCCGUCUUCUUCUUGCCCACGGCGCUAAUGCAAGUGCGAAGGAUGCAAUAGGCGAGGAGAUUAUUGUACACGCUGUCAAGAAGGGCAAUGUUGAACUAGCCAAUGUCCUCCUCGAUCACGGCGCCGAUCCCAAUGCCGAAAGUGCAAUCAAACAAACCAUUCUCUACACAGCAGUUCAGAGCGGUAACGCUGACAUGGUAGGGCUACUUCUCGACAAAGGCGCAAGUGCGAAGCUGUUGAAUGUUCUUGGAACGAGUAUCCUGGAAGCUGCUAUUGGAAUGAAGAGAUUUCAGAUCGUAAAGAAGCUGAUCGAGGGGGGUGCCGAUGUUGAUGGCACAGAUGCGCAUCAGCAACCGAUUCUCAUCAAAGUUAUCAAGAACCCGUUUCUGAAUAACGACGAAAAGGUUGAGGUCAUGAAGAUGCUCAUGGCGAAUGGUGCCAGUCCUGAAGCGGUUGAUAUAACAUUCGGGCUGCCAGCUAUUUGUCACGCUGGCGAAAUGCCCAGUACCCCAGUGGUGCAAGCCCUUCUGAGCCGAGCCGUCAACACCAAGAACACUGUUGAAGCGCUGCUAGCACAAGGUGUGGAUGUCAAUGAGGUCGAUGGGCUCAACAGAACGCCACUGAAACUGGCUCUGAUGAGACUUGACUACAACUUGACGGCGAAGUUGGUGGAUUACGGUGCUGAUCCUACAGCCAAAGAGAAUCAAGAAGCUGUCAAGUUCGUCAAAGCUGUUGGGAGAAAGGAUCUUCAGGAACUUCUUCGACCAAGGGAAAUUGAGGCAGGUCCCUCAACUCCAGCUGUUCGACAUGAGGUCGAGUUGCCUACAUCUGAGGCACCACCGCCUUCGUACGAGCUUGUGGCGGGCAAGGUCUGA